AUCCAAUGGCUGUACCACCGACGUACAGUGACUUGGGAAAGUGUGCCAGGGAUGUGUUCAACAAGGGCUAUGGAUUUGGAAUGGUCAAGUUGGAGUUGAAGACCAAGUCCACCAGUGGGGUGCUGGACUUCACUGCAACUGGUUCUUCCAACACGGACACGGGCAAGGCCUCGGGCAGCCUGGAGACCAAAUACAAGAUGAAAGAACAGGGAGUGACGUUCACCCAGAAGUGGAACACAGAUAACAUGCUGGCAACAGAGGUUGCUGUGGAGGAUAAGUUGGCUGGAGGAUUGAAGUUGGCUCUUGACACUACAUUUGUACCGAACACAGGGAAGAAGAGUGCAAAGUUGAAGACCUCCUACAAAAGAGAAUAUAUAAAUGUAGGCUGCAACGUAGACAUUGACCUGGCUGGGCCCACCAUCUAUGGCUGGGCAGUGCUGGGCUAUGAGGGUUGGCUGGCUGGCUACCAGAUGGCUUUUGAUACAGCCAAGUACAAGCUUUCACAAAAUAACUUUGCCUUGGGAUAUACAGCAGGAGACUUUCAGCUGCACACUAAUGUGAAUGAUGGCACCGAGUUUGGUGGCUCUAUUUAUCAGAAGGUUAACAAUAAGGUUGAGACAUCAGUCAAUCUUGCAUGGACUGCUGGCAGUAACAACACACGUUUUGGUAUUGCUGCAAAGUACCAGCUGGAUGACAAGACUUCUGUUGUGGGUAAAGUGAACAAUGCCAGCCUCAUUGGACUGGGCUACACUCAUGCCCUCCGACCUGGUGUUAAACUGACCGUCUCAGGCUUGAUUGAUGGCAAGAACUUCAGUUCUGGAGGUCACAAAGUUGGGCUGGGAUUUGAGCUGGAAGCUUAACACAGCUGUAAGUAAAACAACUGGUGGUACUCUGGAAGGUGAAGGAAAAGUAUAACCCAGUGUGUUUCGGCCUUAAUAUACUCUGAAAUUUGAAGAAGUGUGAACUUUCUGCUCUUCCAAAGAACGACUUUAACCCACUGCUGAAGGUCCAGAGAGUGCCAGCACAACAGAGGAAGACACUUGAAGGCAUGCAUGGAAGUUGUGAUGUUUGUGCCACAUUUCAGUUUCCUGUAUUUUAAAUCUGUUCCUAAAAAAACAGAAGAAAAUCCAACCUCUCCCCCUUAUUGUAUUGCAUUUUGCAUGUCCUGUACUCCACAGCCUUUUCUAAAGGUGGUCGCUGUGCUGUAGUGGAAAUUUGGGUUUACAUCGGAAUGAAAUAAAUUGGUCCCAGUCGGAACA